ACAACGUAGGAUUUGGAUUUGGAUUUGGAUUUGGGAAUGGCACAGGCAGCAAGGCUCAGCUUGCGAAUGCAAAAGGAGCUGAAACUUCUUCUCACUGACCCUCCUCCCGGUGUCUCUCUUCCGCUGCUUACCGCUGAUUCCGAUUCCUCCAACUUGUCAACCAUUGAUGCCCAGAUCGAUGGCCCCGAAGGAACCGUUUACGCUAAAGGGGUUUUCAACGUCAAGAUUCUAAUACCUGACAGGUAUCCGUUUCAACCUCCCAUUGUGACAUUUGCGACGCCCAUCUACCACCCCAAUAUCGACAACGGUGGAAGGAUUUGUUUGGAUAUUCUCAAUCUUCCUCCCAAGGGUGCAUGGCAACCAUCUCUGAACAUUUCAACUGUGCUAACAAGCCUUGGGUUGCUACUGAGUGAGCCCAACCCUGAUGAUGGCCUAAUGUGUGAAGCAAGCAGGGAGUACAAAUAUAACAGGCAAGCUUUUGACCAAAAGGCACGGUCUAUGACUGAGCAGUACGCAAAGGCUGGAGGGGGCAUGAAUUGUAGUGGUAGUGGAAGCAUGUCGUGUAACACAGACCCAAGUACAAUGCACGCUGAAGGAUCAGAGAUAGAGUCCAAACCAACGGUUAAUGAGUGUGGCCUCAGUCAUAAGAAAUUGCAGGUUAGCUGGAAGUUGUCACUGGAAUCUUCAGGCCUAUCCCAGAGGACGAUUGCUGAUAAAAAGGAACCUGUGACGGUGACUCAACAGUCAUCACUCACAUACUCAAAGAGCCUUUCUGGUACCCCAUCCACUCCGUCAAAGUCUUCAUUGAUUUUACAGGCUAGUAACCAUGAUGAUCAAAAACCCCAUGAGGAUCAGGUUACGAGAAGAGCAAAUGGAAAUGAAAAUGCAAUUUUUAGGAAACCACUUGGGAUCAGUCGAAAGUUGUCUCUGGAAUCCUCAGGUUCAUCCCAAAGAAAGGAUGCUGAUAACAGGAAUACAUUGCCAGUGGAUCAGCAGUUAUUACUCUCACCCUCCAAAAACCAUUUUACAGUUUUAUCCAAGCCCUUGCAGACGCCUGAUGUACAAUCUCAUCAAGAUCAAGAUUGGAGAAGGGCGGAUAAUGGCACCACAAAGAUUCAUAAGAAGAAGUGUCAAAUCAGUCAGAGCAAAUCUCUGUAUUCUUUGGGUCCAAACCAGAGUAGGGAUGAUGAUAAGGAAAAAAUGGAACCCACUCACAGAUUAUUGGUUUCUCACUCUCACUCUGAAGGACUUCUUCCACUAAAUUCUUCCAAGCCAUUGCCAAUGCCGCAAUGUGGUAAUUGUGAUGAACAGGAUAAUGGAGAUCAGAAUGAGAAUGUGAGGAAUGGUACCAUAAAUGUGAGUCCUAACACAAGUGCCAAUCUGUCACUGGAAUCUUUGGGCUCACUCAAGAGAAGGGAUAUUGACAAGGAGAAUCAAGUGAUUACCCAGUUGCCUCCUUCACAUUCCCAAAGCCAUGGUGGAGUUUCACCCAAGUCAAUGUCACAUGCUUUUACUUCAAAUGGACAACACCGUCAAGAUCAUGAAGUAAAAAUUGUAAAUAGCAGCAUCAAACAACAGGAAGAAGUUUCACCAAUAACUGAGAUGGUGAUAGUGUUGGACAGUGAAGAUAGUGAGGAAGAAAACAGAGGAUUGAAAAGGUCCAGAUUGUCACUUGCUCGAAAACGUUUAACUGGAAAUUGUAAAGCUAAAGCUUGAACUUGAGCAAUUCCCCUUCCUCCAAAUCGAAUCGUCAGAGAACUUUCUUAGUAUAGCAAAGGUAUAUUUUCAUUUCUAA